AUGGGCACACUAGAUAGUAAACCGCGGAUUGAGGGCCGCAUCAGCAAUACGGAUCUGUUAACAAUGAACGGCCACCACACCGCGCCGGACGAGCCAUCAGAACAAACAAUAUGUACAGGAAGAUCUACUCUCAUCAAGAAUACGGCUCGAGACCGCUCACGAAUACACCGAAAAUACCCAAGUCCAGAGUCUUCCGGCGCGCCGCAGCACUUGCUCCCGUCUUCUAAUGCAGAAUUAGUUUCCGAAGUGAAAAGAUACAGCGCGGAGAGAGCGCGCGCGUUCAUAUAUUUAGACUUUAGAAACAUAACUAUAAAGAAUACAUUCGCUUGGUCGCGCUCACAAGAAAUAAUUCUCCAGUCGUACCCCGAAAUUAGUGGAAUAAGGGGAAAGGGGUUAGGACGGGAGGCUUUAAAAGAAGAGGCAAAAAGGUGGGGAGAGAAAGAUGCGCAAAGACUUAGUUGGCGAGGGUGGCGGGCGUUAUAA